AUGGAUCCAGAUCUUCAUGGCAAACGGGAACUGUUCCGACAGCUCGACGGACUUAAACAGGUGGACGACGAUGAUGAGGUCAUCGAUGCCGACGAAAUAAGGCACCGUGCCAAAUGCAAAGCCUUUGCCAAGUCCGCGCUGCCAGGACCCGUUGUGAAGUCGCGAUCAACUUUCUCGGGCAUUGGCAAUCCACCAGGUGCUGCCCCAAGGAGGACGGCAUCGGAUCCAAUAGCAACCAGAGUAAAGACGACCGAAGUCAUUGUUAUCGAUGAUACCCCGCAGGCUGCGAGAGUCGUCCCGGGCCAAACACGUUUGUCGUCCCUUCUUCAGGCAGCAUCGGGCAUGGACGACACCUCUAUUCCAGACUCAACAAAACGACAUUCUGCACAAACCGUCAGGCGAGACUCAAACACUCGCCUUCGCAAAAGAACCCGUUCAUCACCGCCCGCCGAGGACUCGCCAUCAACCACCAUGGCCAAGCGCAAGCGAUCCUUGACACUGAAAAUGGCACCAGAGGGCCAGCAAUGCUUCAAGGGCUUGUCGUUUUUCUUCAUCCCAAAUGACGAUGUGAAUCCAGUCCGAGGACGGCGGAUCACCAGGGCGAGAGAACAUGGUGCCAACUGGGUCCGAUCCCUAGACGAUGCGUCACAUGUUGUAGUAGAUGCAAACUUUACUUACGCAGACAUCGAAAAGACUCUUGAUGCGCAUCCAGAAGCCAAGAAGAAGAUCAUCGUCAACGAAGGCUAUCCCAUCGACUGCAUAAUCUACCGCAGGCUGCUUAACCCGGACCAGCCAAAAUAUCAAGUUCCAGGCUUCUCACAAUCGGUGGCCGAAUCCAGACAAGCGCCUGGUCCAUCACAGGAGUCUGAAAGGUCAUUGCAGCUCAAGCCAGAUGCUAGCAGGCGCUUGAGAAAAGGUCAAACCGUCUCUACAGGUACACCUCCACGCAGUGAUGAAUCAACGCAGAGGAGCACCCAAAUUUCCUCUGGCAACGUAAUCACAGUGUCACAGCUCGGCAGCCAGGCCGCGAACAUCACGACUGGUGCCGCACGAUUGGACGGAAGCACUGGACCCAGAGCCUCCCAAAACCAUCACGGAGAUUUGGCCGGCGCCCCUGUCGUCGACGAACUUUCCCAGCUCAUCAACUUUGUGAAGUCAAAUCCCAACGCAGACAUAGGAGUCGCAAGCGACGACGAUGAUGUUCUAGAGAACAGGCCUUCAUCUUCAGAUUCUGCUAUCUUCGCAAAUUGUACGGGGUCUCAACGAUCCGAUGACGGAUCUGCUAGUUCCGGGAAGGACCGGAAACGCAAACGAAAGGGACCGUCGAGAAAGAUGCCGGAAGACGACCCAAAUUGGCAGGAUAAAUUUGCCUGCAUGAAGGGAGGCAGCAAAGAUGGAAAAGAUGAUAAUCCAAAUGCGGAUACGAUAGCUAUAUUACAGGACAUGUGUGACUAUUACACGGGACAGAACGACACCUGGCGAAUCAAGGCCUACCGGCAGGCGAUAUCUGCCCUUCGUCAACAAAGCACUCGAAUUACCACGGCCCAGGAAGCAAAGGACAUUGCCGGGAUCGGUGAACGUCUUGCUGACAAAAUCGAGGAAAUCGUCAAUACGGGGAGGUUGAAGAGGCUUGAAGCGGCCCUCCAGGAACCUGACCACGAGGUUCGCGAGCUCUUCCUCAAGAUAUACGAUGUCGGCCUCGAACGUGCGCAGAAGUGGAUCCAGCAAGGCUAUCGAACUCUGGAAGAUCUCUUGGAAAAGGCAAACCUCACCAGAAACCAACGGAUCGGUAUCGAGCACUAUGAGGAUCUCAACACCAGGAUUCCCCGUGCGGAAGUUGAGGCUUUGGGCAAGUGUGUGAGACGGACCGCUGCCGAUAUUGACUCUAGAGUUGAGUUGCUCAUCGGCGGCAGCUACCGUCGAGGUUCCAACACCUCCGGAGACAUAGACUUCAUUAUUACGAAGAAAGGAACUUCGUCCAGUAGCGAGCUAACACCGUUUCUUGACCGCCUGGUCGACAAGCUGACCAGCUCAGGGUUCCUGACGGUUGGCUUAGCGACGUCUAGGUCCUUGGGUGGAAGCAAGUGGCACGGUUGCUGCGUGCUUCCGAAGGCCGACUUCCCUGGCGACAAGGCCGACUACAAGCCGAUAUGGCGACGCAUCGAUCUUCUCCUCGUGCCGGAAACCGAGUUCGGCGCGGCUCUGAUCUACUUCACCGGAAACGACUUGUUCAACCGGAGCAUGAGGUGGCUGGCCCACAAGAAGGGCAUGCGGCUGAACCAACGAGGACUCUACCGGGAUGUCAUGCGCGGCCCCGGAGGGAUCAAGUACAACGAGGGUGAUUUGGUGGAGGGGAGGGACGAGAAGAAGAUCUUCGAGGCCUUAGGCGUCCAGUGGAGAGAGCCUCACCAACGAUGGUGUUGA